AUGGUUGAGCAAUGUGCGGAAUGUAAUUUGAAAGCUUUUUUAGUAUCAAAUGUUACGGAACAGGUUGCACACAUGAAGGUAUUUAUGGAAGCGGAAAGAGAAGAUUGUGAUGAUGCGGCAGCUACCGGAUCAUUUCCGCGUGGUUUAUGCCAACGGCGAUGUGAUGCUAAAUUUGCAGGACAACUGAAUACCUGA